UCAUAUCGCGAAAGUGCUUUUGCUGUCACACCGCUGACGUUACGCUGUCAGGCAGUCAGCUGACUGAACCAAACAGGAGCUUCCGUCUCUGCAGCAGGAAACAUCAUAUUCAUUCAUUUUCAGCUGCAACCAUGAAGAAGAGCAAGGGCAAAGUGAACAGUACUGCUGAGAAGGAGUUUGUAUUUGAGUUCAGGGCGGGGAAACACAAUUGUGUUCUCAAAGUGCCUCUGCAGUUUCCUGUUCAAGAGAACAUCAGUGACCUCCAUGGACGCCUGAUGCUGCUACAUAAAAUACCCUGCUACAUAGAAAAUGAUCUAAAAACCUACCUUUCCAACUUCAUCGAGAGGGAGACCAUCCUGGAUUAUGACAGAGAGGCCGAGCUGUCGCUGCAAAGACUCACAACAGGAGAUGGAGAUGUAAACCAGCUCACCAACGCAUGGACCAGGUCUUAUGUGGAGACUACGCUGGAACAUGCUCGGCCAGAAGAGCCCUGUUGGGAUGAGGACUUUGCAGAUGUUUACCAUGAGCUGAUCCACUCCCCUGCCUCAGAUACCCUCCUCAACCUGGAGCACAACUACUUUGUUAGCAUCUCCGAGCUAAUCAGUGAGAGAGACAUGGAGAUUAAGAAGCUACAAGAGAGGCAAGCCACUGAAAUGGACAAAGUGAUGCAUGAGCUGGGGAAUACUUUGAGUGACCAGGAUGUAAAUGCAGUUGCUUCUCAACACUUUGAUACACAGCAGGUGUUGGAGAACAAGUGGGCCAGUGAGCUGAAGCAAGUUACUGGCAUUCAGAAGCACGAGUAUCAAGAGUGGGUCAUCAGUCUACACCAGGAUCUGCAGAAAUCUAACAGCAGCCAAAUUACUGAGGAGAUUAAGGUGCAGCCCAGCCAGCUGUUGGAGCUGGAAGAUUCUGGGGCCAGGAUGUUUGAGGAGCAGCCUCAGCUGGAGGAGAGUUUCACUAUACACUUAGGAGCACAACUAAAGACGAUGCACAACUUGCGGCUGGUCCGGGCAGAUGUGCUGGACUUCUGUAAGCACCGGCGGCAUGGCAGUGGUGGAGCAAAGCUAAGGCGGCUGCAGACGGCCCUCUCGCUCUACUCCUCCUCACUCUGUGGUCUGGUGUUGUUGGUCGACAACAGGGUCAACUCCUACAGUGGCAUCAAGAGAGAAUUUGCAACCGUGGCGAAAGAGUGUACAGACUUCCACUUUCCCUUUCUGGAGGCGCAGCUGGACGAAGUGCAGCAGGUGCUGCUCUAUGCCAGAGCCCAGCGGAGCAGCAAGCAGAAAGAACAGCCCGAGAUUCCAAGGAAUGGAGGUGACGAUAAAAACAAAAAUGUUGAAAGAAAUCCAUCCAACAUCUUACCAGGUGAGUUUUACAUCUCGCGGCACUCCAACCUGUCAGAGGUCCAUGUUGUCUUCCAUCUGUGUGUGGACGACAAUGUGCGUUCUGGGAACAUCACAGCCCGGGACCCGGCCAUCAUGGGCUUGAGAAACAUCCUGAAGGUCUGCUGCACACAUGACAUCACCACCGUAACCGUCCCUCUGCUGCUGGUCCACGACAUGUCAGAGGAGAUGACCAUACCGUGGUGUCUUAAGAGAGCAGAGCUGGUAUUCAAAUGUGUCAAAGGCUUCAUGAUGGAAAUGGCCUCAUGGGAUGGAGGAAUAUCACGCACUGUCCAGUUCCUAGUGCCAAAGAAACAAGAAAAUGACCCGCACAUCCUGCUCAUCGUCCCCGUGUCUGGGAGACCACACUGCACCGAGGAGGGCGGCCGCAGCAACUCUAAUUCACCCCACAACCCCAACAAGCGCUCGGCGUAUACAGCGGGGCUGCUGGAGUGUGGAUCUAUCGAGAGUAUCUCGGAGGAGAUGUUCUACCAGUUGAGCAACAUGUUGCCUCAGAUCUUCCGAGUCUCCUCCACCCUAACUCUCACCUCAAAGCACUGAUGGAUAGAGAUGGACCACAUUCUGAACUACAGUGACUCAUUUAUUUAAACAAUUAUACAAGCUUUUUUUUCCAGUAGAUUUGAUGAAGGAGCGCAUUGUCCCCUUUCAAUGAAAUGGGGCCAACAUAAUAUGGUGGCAUCAAAGAACUUACAAAGUUGCAAAAAAGGAUUUCAAACCAGAAGAGACAUUUGUAUGAAAUUGAUGAGCCUUGUUAUUUUUGCACCUUUCAAAGCUGCACACGCUGUAAAUACUUGUUACUGAAAAAGGACUGGAUUCAGUGGCUCACCAAAGCAGCAGCUGCAAUUAUCAUUUCAAGCCUCCAGGGUGCGGUCAUGGUGACAGAGUUUUAUGACAUCAGCCGCCAGUGCCGCGAGUAUUCCAUUUUUCCUUUUAAAGCUGCAAUCUGUAACUUUCCGCACAUUCGAGCUGCAGCAUAAAGACUUUUGUGUCGCGGUGGUGAAGUUGUUUUAACUCUCUGGUACGGACUGAAAAUGCCAUCAACGGAGCAAAUGAGUAAAUGUGAAAACACAGUAUUGUUUACUAAAGCGAUGACGCUGGAUGGAACUGGCACUGGCUAGUAAUCAGUGUGAUCUCACUGUAUUAGCAACCGUGCUCAAUGUGAAAUGUUUUCACCACACAUUACUAUAAAGAUGGAUGUAAUAACAGUAUAUUGAUUAUAAAAAAAACAUUACAGUAAUACGCUUUCAAUCAAUUGUUUUCUGUUUUGAUGUACAGUAUAAGGUCCCCUGUCAUCAUCACAUUUCAUCUGUUAAAUGUUCACAAAUGGGUCCUGAUGUACGAUCACACAUCAUCAUUGAGAUUUAGAUUUGGGGGCUGAUUUGUCCAGAGAGCAGGGACUAAACGUGGCUCCUCUACUCCUAAAGAAGAAUGUCGUUGUUGCUGAGAUGAGCAACACGCAGGUGUUUUUUAUGCUGCAAUGCAGUGAGUUGUAGUGAGGAUCACUCUUUGUGUGCGUGUGCGCAUAUGUGUGCGUGUGUGCAUAUGUGUGCGCGUGUCCCUCCCCUUUACCUCUGUAACAGCAGAUGGCACUGUUCCUAAAGACAAAGAUGUCAAAAGCGUGACUACACAGGCACUUCCAUACUUCUCUUAUUAAAAGAGAUAACAUUUAAAUGAGCGUCUGUCAACUGUUAAAAUUCAUCUCUAGAAAUGUUUGUAUAUUCAUAAUUAUCAUGAGCAAGGAGGGGCUGCUCUAAAAAGUUCAGCUUCAGUGGUAAAUGUUAAACGAGUUGGAACACUUAAAGCUAAUCAGAUGUGUAUUCUGUGUGUGUACUGUUUAUGUUUACAUUUUUACGUCAUAAUAAACACUCACCAAACUGA